AUGCGCGUCCAGUACAUCGCUCUGGUAGCUGCUAUCGCCUAUCUCUCGAGUAUCGACGGUCUUCAGAUCGUCCCAUAUUCGGCCAAAUCCUCAUCUCUUCGAGCGCCUGCUGACGCCCGCAACCAACCUUACGUGGAAGGCAAGACAGACCGGUUCCUGAUCAGCGAGUCUAAGACUUACGAAGCCACCAAGGCUCCGACUGGGUACGUGUUUGAUACCCUCCACGAUGACGAUGAUAUGCUAUGGAAGGACGAGGAUAAUGAGUACGAAGACGAAGACGAAAACUCGUCGUUUGACAACGACGAGCGUGGUCUUUUUAAGAGGAGGAAAAGAAAGAAGAAGAAAAAGAAACACAAAGAGACGCUGACGCCAACCCCUGCACUAAAUAGUACGGCGACACCCACACCCACACCAACUCCAAAGCCUACGCGUGGUGGUCUCCUCGGGUGGAUUGAUCGUAUUAGCGAUUAA